AUGGGCCGGGCGGGCUCGUUCGCCAGGACCACGGACGACUACCGCAAGGCGUGCCUGUCGUGGUUCGUCGGCCGCGAGCGCGGCGCGGUCUUCGUGCCGCGCGCCGCGGCCGCGGCGCCGUACCGCGGACCGCGCUCCUUCCUGGAGCUCGAGUUCGCGGUGCGGUACCUCGGGCCGCCCGCGGACGACGACGACGAGCGCACGGGCCGCUGGAGCGCGGACGAGAAGGCGCUCUUCGUCGACGCUCUCCAGCGCUACGGCCGGCACUGGAAGCGCGUCGCCGAGCACGUCGGCACGCGCACGCUCGCCCAGGUCCGGUCCCACGCGCAGAAGUACCUC